AUGAACGUAUCACGCUGCAUAGAGCUGCACAAUGAGAUCGUGCGCCUAGGGUGGGAAGGCAUGGGUCGACUCCCAGAAGAUUUUCAUCCCCAGACAUGGUUCGAGCACCAUGGACAGGCCGCGCAGAAUGUGCGCGGGAAACUGUCAUCGGAACUCAUUGCGUUUCUCGAAGGCGCGUAUGAAAUGUCGGAUUCGAACCAGUAUUUCCACUAUUAUGCAAGUGCGCUGAUGGCGCCUGGGGACGACAUGUUUGCGUUCCUCGACGGGAUAUGUUCGCCUAGAUGGGUGAACCAGUAUGAGCAGCAUCAUGGGCAGUUGCAGGAUGGAAGCGGCCUCGGGAGGUACAUAAGGCUGUAUUUUGCGGUCAACCAUUCUUCGCAUCCGGAAGGCCUGAUCUUCGAUUUGGAGGAGAAUGUGGCCAUCAUGGCUAUGAGCAUUCACGACAGCGAUGGGCUUUGUGACUCUGGCCGCAUCAAGUGGCAUCCACUAGAGGAUAUCCUGGCCGCGUGGCUCGACAUGAUGCGGACUGGCAAAGUAAAGGCCGUGGGUCCUAACACAGAAUGGAGGCCAUGGGAACUAGUACCGUAUACAGAGCACCAGGUGAACGAGGCUGUCGAAGUCUUUGACAAGCUCAUAUCCGCCAUCGAGGCUCGCAUGCCCCAGAACGACUCUCCCCCAAACACCGAGCCCAGCACUCUCUUCGACAAAGCAGCUCUCGACGCCGCCCACAUCCCUCCCGGCUUCGCACACUCCUUCCUCACCCGCGCCCGUCGUCCGCGAUUCAACUUCAUCGCCCCCGGUUUCUCCCUUCCAACAAACUCCUCCAUUACCUCUCAACCCUUCUUCAACAUCCCUGACACGAUCCCGCAGGAACACCGCGACUGGUUCCACUCCCCCCCAAUCCACCUCUUCCACUCCUUCAAAACAUACACCCGCCCAGACCCCCACCCCAACAUCUACCCCGAAGACAUCUUCGGCUACCCAUUCAACCUCUCCACCUACCCCGCAGGCCUGUACUUCCACGAAUGUGACAACGGGAACAACCAGCACGACGAUGCAGUCGUGCUAGUCCUGCCGUACGCGAUUGGGGGACACGGGUGGGCGAAGAAGGCGGAUGGGUCGGCAUUUGGGGAAAACACACAUGAUGAGUCGGCGAACUCGAAAGAUUGCUACGAGGAGCUGUAUCAAACGGGGCGACAGCCAUUUAUCAAGCGCCAUCCUGUCAGGCUGGUGCAGGUACUCAGGAGCUGGGUUGGGAUGGUGGAACGGGGGGAUUGGGCAGUCGGCGCAGAAGGGAUCUCGAAUGGGAUGGACGAGUGGAAAAACGCUGAUACACGAGGUGGGUGGGAGAAGUAUGUCAUCACUCCGGAGUGGUGA